ACUUGAUGAAAACAACCAAUCAAUAGAAAAUUAUUCAAGAGGAAGAGAAAUCUAUGCCUCUUCUUUUUCUUUCUUGCAAUAUCAUCAUGCGAGAAAAAGUAGAUAGAAAGUGGAUUAUCAAGUAAGCAUAUCACAUGCCACCAUUUCCCCUAUCAUAUUAACACCAUUCAUUGUCUACCAACUUCCCAUCCCUUAUUCUAUGGCUCAAAUCUCACCAUCCCCCACCUUAAGCGCCCAAGAACCACCGCAGCUGCCACCAGCAACUUCCGCAGAUUUCAAUAUCAUGGUCAUCAUAGCUGCUAUGUUAUGUGCUUUGGUUUGUGCUCUAGGCCUCAACUCCAUGUUACACUGUGUAUUUCAGUGCACACGCCGUGCAAUAACUGAGACUGUAGAAUGGGUAGUCUCUCGUAGACACAACACUGGCCUAAAGAAGAAGGAAAUGGUUGCUUUGCCAACCUCUACUUAUUCUGAUGAUCAGAGUUCUUCUUCACCAUCAACGGCUUCUGCUUCAGGUUGUGCUAUUUGCUUAGCAGACUUUGCCAACGGCGACAAGCUCAGGAACCUGCCGAAAUGCAAUCAUCGGUUCCAUGUUGUGUGCAUAGAUAAGUGGUUGAUUUCCAACUCUUCAUGCCCUACCUGCCGCGACAAGCUCCACUCUUUGCCCUCUCUAGAUCAGAUAGUCACAUCCUUAUGAUGAAACAUCAUCUUGGUAUUAUUAUUUAAUUGCUUAAUUAGUGUUUCUUUAUCUGUUUUCUCAAGUAAUUAGCUAAUGGUGUUGCUUUUGUUUUCCCUUCUUCAAAUGUAUCUUCCGAACCAAACUCGGUUGGUAUAACGAGGGAGAAGGACUUGCGUUUUUUGCUUGAGCGUUGAGAGCAGUAUGGCCUUUAGCUAUCAGACAGAAAAGUGUUUGUAUCAUCUGUUUUUAGUAGUAGAAAAUUUAGUAAGGAUGCGUUUUUAA